AUGUUGAACCACCUGGAGUGGGUGGAAAGCGGCGACAACAUUUUAUUACUUGGAGUUGGCGAGAAACUGUCGAUCUGGAAAUUAGUGGACGAUUCGGUGCAACUUUAUCUCCAGCGCACGAUCAUUUUGUCAGGAGGCAUAGGAUCUCGUGUGAAGACGUCUCCGCCAGAUAUGGCAGUGAGUCAUUUUGAUGUGGCACGAAGUGGAAAAUUUGUGGCGACGGCGUGCAAAAAUGACCGAAUAGUGAAGGUAUGGCAUUUAGGCGAGUUAUCACCCCUUGAAGGCGCACCCAAGUGUAUGUUUCUUGCGCACACUCGUGCUUUGGUGUCCAUGAUGUGGUCGAAGGACAUGAAUGUUUAUAGCACGCGAUCGGCUAUCUACACCACAACACAGGGUUGUGAAAUAUUGUUUGCACUAGACCGGGAAGGUACCAUAUCAAUUUGGAGAGUAAAUGUCGUUCCGCUGAGGUCAAUUAUGCUGUGGAAACGCUUUACAGUUGCGGAUGUUCGUCUGCCAUUAUCUUGUGAGAUUGAUGCAAAUUGUAGAAGGCACAUCCGAAUUAUUGGCUUAGUGAAUCAUUGUUGGACUCGAAGGACGUCGAAUGUUUCAACUUCAAUUAACGAAGCUUUGCUGGGUGAAAGCACCGCAAUGGAAGCUCUUUGUCUAUUUCAUUUUGGAUGUGGCUCACUUAAUGAAGCACAUCAGAAUGGGUUGAUAGGUCAGCGCUCGGAUAGUGUUGCGAAUAUGAACAUCAAGCUACUAGGAGAUCACAGCGGUGUGGCGGCAGAUACUAUUUCAGGAGAAGAAGUUAUUUUCGGAAACGUGGCUGUUGGGAGUACAUUCGACGUACAUUUGUUGUUUGGCGUCUUCGAAAACGGCGACUUUUGUAUCAUUCGCGUGGAGGCAGUUCCUUUUACGGGUGCUUCGUCUAACUUAUCGUUACUUCUCAAUUAUAGUAAACUUCGGGAACACCUACUUGAUGCGCACGUGUACAGUGUCUGCUCAACUAAAUGUCAAGAAUUAAAGUCAGGAGGGUUUUGUAUUGAGGUUUUGUUUCAACAGAAGAAAGCUACUAGUUAUUUGCAGUGCGCAAGACUGGAAAUUCAAGCCGAAAGUUGUGCCAUGAACGCUCGCAGAGGACUUGCCUCCUUUUCCGUCCAAAGUUUUGAAAUUCACACUGUUUGCAGUAACAUGAUAGGUAAACUGGGUGAGAAAAAAAACUUAGCAACUAAUGGUUCAGUUGCCAAUGUGAGAUUAAGGUCCCACACUGAUUCGGCCGCGUUGGCUGUUAAUGUUCCUUUGACUAAUCUGGGUGGAGCGCUUGCUAUUUUUGACGCUAACGAGUCCUUACAGAAACUUCAAGUUGCUUUACGCUCAAAAAUUGGUUUUUUCGUGGGUUCUGUCACGCACACAACUAAAUUUGAAGGGCGAAAAGUGAUUCAUACUUUCAUUAACGGAAAGUUGCAUGUCCUAAUGGUGAAGCCUAGUGAAACUAAUGAAGAAAUAAAAGCAGUUGAAUGUGCGCCAUUUGAACACCUGGGAUCUCAGAUGAGAUCCUUGAUGCUGGCAGCAUGUUUUGUGGAUGAAAACAGCAAUUUAAAUACUUUAAGUAAGCUCAUUGCCGUGGAUAUUCCCGAUUUUGUUAAAGCUAAGUGGUGCGAUAGCUCAUCAUAUUUGCUUCAACCAGCAAAACGCAGCUUUGCUAAAGAUUAUAGCAUGCUUGUCGGUCUACACAAAGGUGAAAGCAAGCUUACGGUUUGGGUUUUCUCGUUCGAUUUGAUAAAUCCCCCCACUGUCGAUUUAUCUAGAAAAACAGCGGUUAAAAUACAUGAAACCGAAGUUCUUGAUGUUGCCAGUGUUCCAGCGUUUGGUAUAUUUCAGAUCAUAUUUGCAACUUUUGACCAACAUUCGCAGCUGGCUUUAUGGACAUUUGCAGACAUGAUUGAAUUACUUGAGGUGAGACUUGUUCACAAAAUCGACGUCGGUGUAUUAUUACAAAUGGCGAAUCGGGCUCAACGGUCUCACAUGGAAUCGACCGUCAGCAAACAAGAGUUUACAUUUAAGCACUUCACCUUUAGCCUUUGUGGGAGAGUAGCGAUCUUGUUCGAAGGACGUGGAAGUGAAGCUGUUGACAAAAUUUGCUUCAUACCUGCCUUAGAGACUAUAAUGGAAGGGGUCGUUAAUCUUUCGCACAAGCAGUUUGGUCACGUGAAGACUUUGGAGUGGACGCCACAAAUCAUGCUUGAGCAAGAGUGCGAUCUUCUUUUUUUGUCCACUACGACAAUCGGUUUAAUGAAGUUUGACUGCUCAUUGCCAAUGAAUAAGUGGAGUAUUGCUUGGACUCUCAAUCGCUUUAGUGUUCGACCUGAAGAUAUAUCAUCACUUUCUGGCUACCCAUAUGGCCUUCUUCGUGUCGGGCCCAGUUUGGCGCAUCUAAACCUUCAAGACUUUGACCAUACAAGUUCGCUACAGCAACCAAUCGGUCUUGACCCACUAUCGAAGGCAUUGCCCGCGCAUCACCCGAUUGUGCUGACGUAUUUGGUCGCUCGUGGGUCCUUUCAUACAAUUCAGACUAUUCUUGAGUUCGUCAAAAAGAAAAUUAUCGAGCAUGAAGAAACCUGCUAUUUAAGAAUGACAGACGACUCAUUGCUGCAGACUCUUCCUUUACUCUCAUUGUCCCAGCUGCUUGAAGAUAUGUCGCACACGACUGAAGGCAAGGAAAAUGAGCGACUGAACGUUAAUCAGAUAACGAAGAAAAGUUUGGAAAGAAAUGGUGCCAGAAAUUAUGGUGCAGCCGUGCUGGCCCCAGCUAGAGCGAGUGACCACCUUACGAUGAAGUUUGGGCCGUCUUGUCAGAAUGGCGCUUGUUCAAAGGACACUGAUCGUGCAGACUUGUUGUUCGCCACUCCGGCAUCAACUUCAAGUGAUUCACUUGCUACUGAAGAAGCUAUAUCAAAGUUCAAGCUGAAUACGGACGAGUAUUUAUUCUUUUUUAGUCGGCACAAAAGCUCCUUGACAUUUAUGACAAAGGACGAAUCGAAUAUGUUCUUUGCAGUCAUUGCUAGCAUUAAGAAGAUUGUGAGCUGGGUGCAUGACAACAGCCGACAGAAGGACGAAGCUGCAAUUCGUUUUUAUGCCUCGUUGAUUUGGCCAGUUGAUCCUAUUGACGUAUCUACUGAGCUGACCACUACAUACUUAGAAACACCAGAUCAGCAAUCAACUGAUGCUCGAACACUGAGGAACCGAGCUGUGUCUGGCCUUUGUUCGGAGCAAGUUGCCUGGGGAGCUUUAAGUGAUUUUCAAACAGAGUUGCUCCAGGAAUGCUUUUCUUCGGUAAAGCUGAGCUGGAAUGAGAUGCGGCGCUCUCGAUUGCCGUUUUGGCUAAAAAGCUCCGCAAAGCUUGUUCACUUUGUGGAAAAAGUGGCACAAGCUGAAUAUGCAGCAAACCGGGACCCCUUUGUGGUUGCUGUGUUCUAUGUUUUGUUAGGGAAAACCACGCUGCUGGCGACUCUUUUUAAAUUGGCGAGCGAGACGCGAAUCGCUGAGCUUUUAAGUAAAAACUUUACUGAAAUGCGCUGGAAAAAUGCGGCCUUAAAAAAUGCCUACGUGUUGAAGACGAAGCAACGGUAUGAGCUGUCUGCGGCCUUCUUUAUUUUAGGUGGUAAACUUUCCGAAGCAGUAUCGGUGGCUGGAAAGGCGGAUGAAUCAUUAGUAUUGUCAUUUUUAAUCGCUCGAAUUUCGGCGAAAUGGGACCUUGGAGGUCAUUCGAGCUUCCCUGGGGCGGUCAAACCACUGAUACCCUUUACAGGCGUGAACUCUAGCCUUCGAGAAACUAGUCAGUUCGAAUUAAACUCUGGUAACCUGACUAGCGACGACGAUUUCCAAAGGUCAGCCCAUUUGUGCAUGGACUUUCUUCGCACAACUGUUUGGGAUAAAGCUUCCAAAUGUGGAGAUUUAUACAUGUGCUUUCUAGUCAAAUACUAUCUGGGGGAGUUUAGUAAUGCUGUCAGCAUGUUGGUGACCCCACCAGCUAUUGAGAUGCGAAGUAUGUUUGACGGAGCAGGUGUCGCUCAACCUAACAUGUAUUGGUCAGCUUUUGGAAGAAGCUUACUAGGUGCAUGCAAUUUAUUUCGCUUUCUUCGAAAUUCUUCCAUGCCGGUGAGACUGAUCACGAAAAAUAGUAUUGUUCGGCUGAACGCUACAGCCAUUAUUCGUUUGCAAGAUACGGGGUUUGAAGUGUGCGCACUACUUCACCAGCGUGAUAUGGCAUCAUUCAUACGGGGCUUUCGAGAAGAAAGCGCGACAUCUUUAGACGUAGCAGCUUUUAUGGCAUAUCGCCAGCGCAUAUUGAAUGCAGCAGUAGGAAGUCAAAUGGAAUUUUUGUAUGCCACUUUUUUGAAGACAACACGCAAAGCCCUGAUAACCCCGUCCAGCUCAGCGUCUGAUAUUGCACAAUUUAAUUUUGAGGACCGAGUGAACGAAGAAAUUCAGAAUGCUGUGUGCGGUGGAGGGGACUUUAAUUUUCCGGGUUCACCAGAAUUGACCCAAAUAUUGCAACACAAGAUAAGAACCGCGGUUGUCGAGUCGCUUAUUCAUUCCGGUCGUCUUGUUGCAUUAGAUUUUUUGGUAUGUGGGUGGAAGCAGCCUGGAUUUUCAGCAUCAGAAUUUGGUUUUAAAAGCCCGCUGCCCCAAUUGGUUGAGGUCAUAGCCGAGGGAAUUGCUACAGUGGCUUCAGGAGAUCUCAUCUCUGCGGCCACAGACCGUGUGCACACUAGAAAGGUAGACCAGACGUGUUCAAUCUUGUUGACUUCAGCAACACGACUUUUGUUUUGGCUGCAAUAUUUGUAUCUGAAACCGGCUAAGCAACGAGCGGCUUUUCCAAAUCGUAACUUUGUUUACGUUGCUGUUGCAGCAGUUCACAGCGCUAUCUGUAUCUGCUGUCGUUAUAUAAAGACUGCUUGCUGUUUAAAUCGUGUACUUGGCAUUGUCUUUUCGCACAAAAGUGACAUGUCUCUCAGCUCGCAGGAGGCACUGACUAAUAUCUUGAGCAGUGACAAUUGUGUGAAUUGCGCUUCUCUCAGCCGCUUCACAAACAAGUUUUCUGACGCCAGUUUUGCAUCAUCUUUUUCAGAGAGAAUUCGUGUUUUAUAUGCGGCAGUAUGUGCGUUAGAAGUCGAGCUGGACGAGUUUACCGCUGAAGUAAAAACAAGCAGACUUCAUCAUUCGAUGCCCUCGCGCAGUUCAUUGGAUUCUUUUCUUUUGUACUGUCCGUAUCGAGAGCUGGUUUUGAUAAUGGCGGCAGGCGAAAUGCCAAAUCAUCUUUUGAAACUUGCGGCUGAUGACAUAGUUUCUACUUCUAAUUUAUCCAUGAAACUAGUCGAAGCCUGGAAAAAUUACAAUCAUCGACUCGCUGAAUUUGCGCUGAAGCAUUUAUUGUGCGAUUUGGCUGGCGUCUUAUUCGGUCAGCCUUUGAAUGCGACCUCUCUUACAAGUCCAAGAUUUGCUUUGCCAGCUUCACCUAAAGAAACGGCUUCACCAAGUCGUAGUAGUGUCACGGACAGCCCUAGCGCUUUCAUUGUUGAUGCUCCCAAUGCUUCUCCAUCUCAACAUCAAACUAGAAUGCGGCAACUUCUUAAAUGUGAUUGUGAGCGCUGUCCUUGGGUUUUCCUCUUAGAGCGUUUCACUGACAAACACGAGCUUUUACUGCGUCUGAAUGCUCAUUUAGAGUGUUGCCGUGAAAAGUUACAUGAAGAAGUGCGAUGGGGACGGCUUCCGGAGCCAACAACCCGGAAUAUUAUUUUAACGCGGUCACAAAAAUUGCUUUUGUCAUCUGUUACUGACUCUGCACCAACAUUUUCACUUGCUAGCAAGUAUGCAGACCAUCUUAAGCGGCGAACAAUGAUGUCAAUGCCCAGAAAAGUUGCUAUACAUGUUCAAUGUGUGUAUCGGAGCGAGACGACUAUCAAAGGUAUUUGCUUUAAUCGAGCAGUCUGCGACGACGUGGGAGUAAGUGUCUGCGGUAGCAAAGGCAUCUUUCGUGCUAGCUGUGUCGACUAUGCUGAUGGCUGUCGUUUACAGUUCAGGGGUGUGUACGCGCCUCCCCACAGCUCGGUCAUUUCGGCAGAAUACUUGCAAGUAUCUCCGGUGAAAAUAAACCAUCGACAUGAAGUGCAAAGUAACGUGCCUCCUUUGAACAAUUAUUUGACUGCUCGUAGCCCUCCAUCGCCGCUUCGCAACUCGGCUCAUUUGCUUGCAUCUCCGUCAGAACCAGGAUUUAAGCCCACUGCACUAGCUUCGCACCCAUUCUUACCGUUAUUCGUGUCGGGAGAUCAAAAGGGUCGCGUGCAUCUGUGGUCCUAUGAUCGUCUCAGUGCUGUGUGCGCGUUUCAGACAAAAGACACUGUUGCGCCGUCCUCAAAAAGUCCGUCAAUGCUAUCUGGUCGGCGAAGUGUAAAGGCACUAGGAUUCGACAAUCUUGGUCAGCAGCUUGGUGCUGUGGAUGCUAUGGGACGCUUGUUUAUGUGGAAAUUUAUUGAGCUAGAUCGAGCUCCUUACUACUGCGAAAUCGGGUGUCAUGAUAAGGGCGCCAAAGGGCUUGUCUUUCUCAAUUCAAGUAGUAGUCUGGCUACUGUCGGAACAUCAUCUGAAAAGAGAACUGUAUGCGUGUGGGAUACGCUUUUGCCGACGUCAAAAGCUCUUAUUGCAGCACCGGUGUGUCAUACGGCGGGAGCUACUGCAGUCGCAUUUUCAUCGACCUAUCAACUGCUUAUUACAGGGGGCGCCGGUGGUGCAUUAAGCAUUUUUGACAUGAGGCAGCGUCGUGUUUUGCAUACGAUUUCAAACGCUCACGAAACACCGAUUAAGACGAUUGUGCUGCACCCAGGAAGCGACUGUGUACUUUCGGGCUCUGCUGGGGGUGACGUCAAAAUCUGGUCUUUGCCUCUUUUCCGAGAAGUUGCUUUCCUUGGCAAGGUGCAUGUCAAAUCCUCCUUUUUAAGCGAUGCUGCGACAAAUUUCUUGAGUGAUGCUGCAUCAAACGUGGCAAUUAACGUGACAAACUCUUCUUGGGGCGUUACAUACGCCGUCGCAACAGAAGAUGCAUUUUUUACGAGCGGCACGGAUGGCUCAGUUCAGCGACUUACAAUACCGUCGUUGUGGACCCGCCCUAAAUACUAA